AUGGCGAGCAGAUCAACAUUUGCUGUACUUCUAUUAUUCAUUGUGUUCAUCUCCAAAUCGUACGGUUGGUUCACGUUUUGUGAGCCUUAUGUCGAUCAAUUUGAGGAUAUUCAGGCCCAUCUUCAUUCGAUCGGCCCCAAAUAUGGUGUGUCCUACUCAGGUGAGAAAAAGGACACAUCCCCAACAGUACAACGCUUAGUGGACCGGCUCGACCACGAUCGUGUUAAGUAUAGCUCUGCCAAAGAGACCACCGAGAAGUACACGGCCGAUAAGCUGAAUCACUAUAAAGUAACCCCAACCGUGAAGGGAAGUGCCAGUGAGGUUGAAAAUCUCAAAGAAAUAUUCCGCAUGCUGGACGCAAAAAAUGAUGCAUACUUGUCGGAGGUGAAACAAGAUAAAAAAAAGUACGUGGAAAAAGAGCAGGAGCUAAACAUAGUGAUGCAACAGAUACAAAUACUGAGCGAUGCCAUCGGUGUAUUGGAGAAAGUUGUCAAUGAGCGAAACAUCACCCUGUCGAAGACACGUGAAAUACAGACCAAUCUCCGGAAAACCAUCGCCGAUCGUGGGCUUCAAUAG